CUGUCGCUCAAAACGUGAACAUCGUCGGGAAACACGGCAAAUUGUUAGUAAUCCUUCAAAGAAGGUAAUUUAUUUAUAUUUCACAAAGAGAAGGAUGCCAAAGCUGUGGGCAUGUCUGCUGUUGGUCAGCUUCGUGCAAGCUGGGCCUUUUUAUAGCGACUUUAUGCAACAUUUAACACGACCAUUGCCACUCCAUCGCACGCUCUUUGGGCCCAUUCCAUUUGCACCGCUAGAACCACUACGUGCUCAGCCAUCUCAGCGUGUUGCAAGCGUUUGGACUGCACCACCACCAGCCUCGCUGAUGGUCCAGCAGCAACGCCCGCAAGCGCAACUUAAUGCCCCACUGUUACCACCCUACAGUAGCAGCUAUGGCAGCGACGGGAUCACCGACACCGAGUUCAUUCCUCUGGAGCAACAACAGCAACAACCACAAGGACGUCAGGAUGCAGUUGCCACAGCCGUCACAUCGCAGCAGCACACUUCGGCUCAGAAACCUUUCAAUGUCGACACCAUCACUACGGAUAUAAACUCUCCCAAUCCAGCUGUGUUCUUCCAGCAAUCGUUUCCCUUCUUCGGCAAUGAAUUCUUUAACUCGUUCGGUGGCUUCGGGUUCGGCAAUGCUCAGGAGCCUUGGUGGAAAGGACCAAACGUGUGUACUGAAAAAGAGGAAAGCGAAGGCGCAAUCACGGAAACCGAUGGUGAUGAAAGCGUAGACACCUUUGGUCAGGAACGUGAUGGCGCUGGCAGCGUUGUCCGAUCACCACUUUUUGGCCAGUUCCACUUCAGCGUGAACUCCUGCGCCGAAAAGCCCAACAAGCACGUCUGCACUAAAAUCGUAAAUCAAAAUGGCAAAAAGAAGACGCUGACUCUGACACGCCAAUGCUGUCACGGCUAUGGACGACCACGCAACUCCGACUUCAAUACACCUUGUGAAAAGAUUGAGAUCAAAGAUAUCGAAGCCACUGCAGCUGAUAUGGGAGCCAAACAGUUCAUUGCGUCUGCCAAGAGUGCAGGAGAACUUGGCGAUAUGCUGGCCAGCAAUAGUGGCAAGAAAGUUACUGUGUUUGUGCCUCUCGAUACCGCUUUCCAGGAAUAUCGUGGAGAACAUCAGCAGGAGAACAACGUCGAGGACUCGAAAACCGAUACGUCAAAAACAUCGUCAAUCUACAAACUGCACUCUGUUAUAGGCGAUGUCCAGCUGGAAGAUGUGCCCAACGAGCAACUGCUGCAAACCGAACUUCCCGGCCAGAAGAUUCGCAUUAACAGUUAUCAGCUGCCGCCCGCUUUAGGUCUAGAACCUUAUCGUUACGCAGCGAAUUGUGUACCCAUUGAGAAGCACGAUAAGCUGUCGGAACAGGCUCUAGUGCACACACUGAAUGGCGUCCUCAAGCCUAUAAGUAAAACAGUAAUGGACAUCAUACGUGAUCGUACCGAUUUGUCCAUAAUGCGUGCCGUGCUCGAGAAGACAAACAUCAGUGCCAUGCUAGAGGCCGAUAAGCCCGUCACCAUAUUUGUGCCUACAGAUGCGGCUUUUGAUAAACUGGACCCACAUUUUAGACGAACUCUUAAAGAGGGACGUAGCUGCGCUUCUAACAUUCUGAAGAACCACAUGCUAGAUCUGACUUUCUGUUCGUUGGCAACUUUGCCUGGUGCCAAGACGACAGCUUAUAACCUUCUUGGCGAGCCACUUCUAUUUAAUCGCACCCAGCAUAACCAGAAUUCAACAGUGGAGAGUGCAGUCUAUAUCAAUAAUGUGGCUAAGAUUCUGAAUGCUGAUAUUAUGGGCACAAACGGAGUGCUUCACGUCAUUGACACAAUUAUGCCAACGGAAUCUGCUCUUCCAAUGACUUCGUUGAUUUCGCAGAAAAAUUUGACCAUCUUCAAGCAGCUGCUUGAGGCCUCUGGCUUCGAUGAUCAAUUCGAUGAUUUGGACAACGUCACAAUAUUCGCUCCCACGGAUAAGGCAUUACAACACUCGCAAUGGGCACGUUUGGUUGCAGAGAAACCCGAAACUUUGAAAGGCAAUCAAGAUUUGUUAAAGUUCCUCAACUACCAUGUGGUCAAACCCAUGAUUAAGACAUGCGAUCUCUCAGAGAGUUCGCUGCCAACAGUAGAGGGCUCGAGUGUCCGCCUCAACUUAUACUCCACACAUGCACUCUUCUCGGACGUAAUGAACAGGGCCACUGUAAACUGUGCUCGUCUUGUACACUUUGAUGACGAGAGCUGUGGAUCGGUGUUGCAUCAAGUGGAUCGUGCAUUAACACCACCUCAGAACAAUCUUCUGAAGUCACUGGAGGCUAAUCCAAACUACAGUAAGUUCCUGGAAUUGGUUCGUAAGGCAAACUUGACACAUUUGCUGGCCAAUGAAUCAGACAGCUUCACGUUGCUGGUACCCAAGAACGAUGUGUUCGACGAGCUCAGCGAAUCCAGCGAGUCAAAGGCUUCUACACAGAGUCAGGCCGAAUUAGAGGCACAGGUGAAGACCCAUAUUGUGAACGAUGUAGUCUGCUGUGCUGGUAUCAUACCUACCAACUGGCCAUUUGUGCGCUCCAUUGAAUCCAUUUCGGGUCAACACCUUCGCAUCACCCGUGAUCGUCGUCCCAAAAUCGAAAACGCUGGUGUCACCAAAUGCGAUGUGAUUGCCACAAAUGGCAUUCUACAUGAGAUAAACGAUGUGAUUGUUCCUCGGCCAUCUCAACAGCAUCGUCGACCACAUCUUCCUCCCAAUUAUCAGUCCCAAGGUGAUUUUGACGUUUUCUUCUAAGUACUGCGAUUGCUUCUGAGGCAAUAAAAUAUAUAUAGAGAAAUAUCUCAUUCUUUGUCUAUAUUAUAUAAUAUGCGAAAAUAUUUAUAUAUUUAAAAAUGAUUUACGAGUAUCAAUUGGAUCGAUUGGAAACUCACAUAAGCAAAAUACAGCUAUAGUUACAAAUAUCUCUGAUAAUAAAAUAAAUAGAAUUAUAAAAAA